AUGGACACCGAGGACGGCCAGAUCUUCAUAAGGAACUUGGCGUACUUUGUACGAACACACGAAAAGGCCCUUGCAAACGCUCUGCAGCUGCAGAGACAGAACCCCAGGAAUGGCCAGGCCAUUGCCUCGCCCUCGUCGCCCAGCGGCCCCGCGAGCCCGCCUUCGUCCGCGUCUUCGUCAUCGAGCGUCUGGGCAGCAGCCCUCUCUCUGCCCUCGCUGACUUUUACCUCGCAGUCGAUCAAGCCGGCAAAGCUCACACUGACACCCCAUCAUCUCUUCUACAUCCUCUCCCGGUUCGAGGACCUCGGCAUACCUGUCGGCCCCAUGAAUGUGCGUUUAGAAAACAUCCACACCGAUGCCUCACCCACCAAUUAUGUCUCCUUCCUUGGCAGCGCCCAGCGCAACAAGACAAAGUCUUCCGAUCGCGACUCCAUACAUUCCGUAUCUAGCGUCCGCAGCGUGAUGUCAGGCAUGUCGUCACUUUGGUCCACUCUCCGUAUCGGAUCCAACAGUGAAGCCAAAGCAGAGAAACAAAAGGCCCAGCUGCAGGAAGACUUGAGGUAUCUGUAUUCUGCCUUUACCAAGAUUCCGUGCUUGAGGCUCGCUCCUGACCACAAGGCCCGCCUCAUCGCAGGCUAUGAAGAGUUUCCCUUCGACACUGCGGUCCCCCUAUUCGCCUUCAAGAAUGUCACAGCCCUUGAGAUACACGAUGUAGACUUUCGCCAUUUCUACGGCUGGGACCGGCUGGCCGAGAACCUCCGCAGUCUGACGGUGAAGCGCGCAGGUGUUGAUGACCCCGCUGAUCUGCUCAUCAACAUCGUGUUGGAUGAUAUUGACAAGCGUCGUAGGCGUUCGGCCAAAACUAGCGCACCCUGGUCCACUGCAAGCCCCUCCCCAAAGCAUGCUCAACUAGCUCGAUCAGAGUCCCCACCAAUCUCUCCCACUGCAGCCGGCAAGCAGAGCACCAGCCCACGGGGGGCCACGGUCAGCCGCGAAAACUCGUCCAGGUCUCACCAGCGACAGCGGAGUACGUCUCCAUCGCGCCCGUCGAGCUCUCGCCAUGGCUCUUCUCAUGCCCAUGGCAGGAGCACAGCAAGUGCUCCAAACAUUCGCCGUUCGUCUGGAAGUUCGAGCUCCAGCGUACGCUCUACUACGCCGCGCGGCAGCUCUUCCAACUUGCUUUCUCUGGGCUGGUUCCCCGCUACCAAAUGGCGCUUCUUGAGGCAUUUGAGCCUGGCCGACAAUGCCUUGACCACGAUACCGGCUGCCAGCCUCGCCCCUCUAACCAAUACAUUGCAGUCGCUGGAUCUCUCGGCUAAUUUGUUUGUUGAAAUUCCCGAGAGUCUUGCUAGCCUCACCUGUCUCCGUGCACUGAAUCUUUCCAACUGUAUGAUUGAUGGGUUGCAUUCAUUGGGACGCAACCCCCUCCCAGCAAUCACAACUCUGAAUCUCCGGUCGAACCGCCUGACGUCAUUGGUCGGCGUCGAGCGGCUGCUGUCCCUAGAGCGCGUCGACUUCCGUGACAACUGUUUGACGGAUCCCACCGAAGUGGCGCGUCUCACGGGCGUACCCGACAUAACCGACGUUUACGUUGGCCGUAAUCCCUUUUGCAAGACGCACGCCAACUACAGGGUCACCAUCUUCAAUCUGUUCCGCAAGACGCCAGGCUAUACAGAGGACAUUGUCAUCGAUUCUACAGGGCCGAACAACGCCGAGAAGAAGCAGCUCGUUGACCGAGUGCCCGAGCUGCAUGCAGUCCCUGUCGUCAAACCCCCGCCCGAGGAUGAGUCGCAGUCGUUGCCAUAUGUGCCCCCCAAGGUUGUCAAAGCCGUCGACACGCCGCCGGAUAUGCCUGGACUGCUCAAGCGCACCAGCUCCCUCCAUCGCACCAAGAGCGGGUCCCGCAGUGGGCAGGACACGCAAAAGAAGAAGAAGGGCCCUAAGAGACGCAUCGUUGAGCUUUCGCAGAAUGAAUCCAUGCAACAGUCUUCGCAGUCGGCUCUGACAAGUCUCGCUUACGAGGACACGGUCAUGGGCCAGGCGCCCAAACUCACAAAGCCAAACAAUGCGGCCGCCGACGUAGCUCGAUCUGAGGAGCAGGCCAAGGGGAAGGGCACAGGAGAUGGCAGCAAGAAGACUACGUCAGACGGGCGCGCUGUCGCAGACGAGACUCACACGAGCCAUCAGCAGCUACCUCCCAUCGACACGACGACGGCGACGAGCAAGCGCGCCGAACCGCCGUCUAGCGACUAUGAGGUGGUGGAUGGAGACGACCUUUACAAGAAGAAGAUUGAGGCGCUUAGGCAAGAUUUUGGGAAUACCUGGCUCAGCGCACUGGGGGAUGAAAAUUGGGACUCGACGUCAGUGACCAGCUUCCCAUCAGACCGAGGGUACAACUCUCCCACGAUGCAACCGACACUGCCCCGCACACCGAGCCAGAGUAUCGUCUCGGGCCGUACUCUUGGCUGA